AUGGGCACCGUGUGCUCGGGAAAGGCUGGAGAAGGAGGGAGGAGGGAGGAGGAGCGACAUGAGCAUGGCGGAAGCGCUGCUCCAUCGCUGGAGGAGGCGAGUGGAGGUGGCAGUGGAAACGUGCGGAGGGCUGUACGUGAAGUGUUUCGAUGCGAGGCCGGCACCGCAUGGACUGUAAUCAACCUCGUCCACUUCGCCGCGACGUAUAGAUUCUUUCAUUGGAAGAAAGGGACUCCGUUCGCUGAAGACCAAGGUGAUUAUGGGAAGCUGACAUGGUGGGAGCAAGUGGAUGAUGGCCGUCAGCUCACUCGUAACCGGAAGUUUUUGACUGUCGUCCCUGUCGUUCUGUAUUUAAUAGCUUCUCAUACAACGGACUACAGGAAUCCAAACCUUUUCUUAAACACGAUUGCCGUGUGUUGGUUGGUGAUAGCCAAGUUUCCAAACAUGCAUAGAGUGCGCAUAUUCGGUAUAAACUCUGACUAUGACACAUAGCCGUUUUGAGCAUAUAUAAUUUGGGUACAACUCUUGCAUCUGGGACGUGGUUUUGUAAAUUCUAUGAUAGCUCACAAAGGGGCCCUUUGUACAGGUCAUCUCUGGCCCUUGGUUAGGAAUAGUAUUUUUACCAGAAUUUCUAGUACAGCGGACCAGCAAAAUACGUGUUGGCUUCUCUGCUUACUUUUCAGCUCGUACCAUAUUCGCGGUGAUUAGUAAUCUUGUAAGUAUUCAAUAGUUGGAAAAUUGUAGCAAACGAGAAGUUAAGGGCAAAUCAGUUGGGGCCGCUUGAUUACUGUGGGAUGAAUGUCCCCAUGAUAUCAGGCACGCCUGAACAGCACUUAGUAAUGUGUAUUUAAUUCAAGGGGGGCGGCUUUGCGGUAAUUUCAUGGUCGUUAAGACCAUAUUCUCACUAAAUGUUUACCAAGUCAGAAUUUCCCCGUAUUUUAGUUGGUCGACGUCGUAGUUGGUUCUUCAUAAAGACAACCGUAGUGAUGUGCUAAAUGUGAUACUCGCUACUGAUGAAUUCAGGUAAACGUGCCUCAUACUGCAA